GUGUGUUUAAAAAUGGCCGUGAUUACAGGUUGUUUAAGCAUUCUUUCUUUAUUGAAAUACUUGGCAUUUAUUUUGGGUGUUUUUGUUUAUUUGUAAGGAUUUUUGUUUGUUUUCCAAAAAGGUAAGAAACAGUUUUGUGUAGAAAUCUAUACAAUCUAGAGAGUUCAAAUCAGGCUAUUUUAUUAAAAAAACUCCCUGCAUUUUGUAGUGCAGUUAAGAAAUUGGGUGUGAUUUAAUCCUUCCAUGAAAGUAGACAAAAGACAUUGGAGUGAAAACUGAUGCAAUUCCUAUUUUACAUUGCAUCAGUCCAGAUGGAGUUUAGGAAACUGCUGUGAGAGGUUUGAGUGCUGGAACUUCUCCUGCUUUGUACCCUCCCAUCAGGAAUCUUCACGCAGCUGGAUUGGUUCAUCAGAAGAACCAAGAACAGAUAAAUUGUGUUGUGCUCAGGUGGGUCAGUGCAGAGGGCCCUGGCAUCCUGGUGGCUGAGCAGGAGGUGGUGCUGAAGGCACUGCAGGUGCCAGGUGAGCACUGUGCCUGUGCCUGGUUAUCACCUGCUGCAGCAGAGAGAACAUUUCCUGGGUAAAGCCAUAUUUUGUGAUAAUGGGGUCUGUACUGAUUAAUGCACAGCAAUGUAGUGAGGUGCACAGUCCAUAGGAUAGGAUAACAUUGUUUGUUGUUAUUGUCAUCUUUCAUUGUGUUUUACUGAGCACAGUCCUUCUGGGGUGUGCUUUUUUCUGCAUAGUGUAAAAACCCCCAAAACCCACAAGAUUACAUUAGACUGUCUUUUGCACAUGACAGACAACUUAGAAAAAGGGAGAGAGAGAAAAUGAAAGAAACUUUGUGGUUUUCUGCUGUUACUUUAGUGUGCUUAAACUCAUCUGCAUGUAAUAAAGGGACCUGUGGCUCUGAAUUGCUUUUUCAACCUCCUCUGGGCACAAGCCAGGGGUCUGAUUGCAGCUUGUUUUGCCCUUUGGGCUCGUUAUAGCUCUGCCCUUGAUGUUGGUUAUGAAUUGUGCAUAGGGUGAAGGUCCUAGAGGAGCUGCAGCUGAAACAUGAAACUGAAUUGUUAACUAAAUGAGUUUUAUUUAGAGAUGAGGAGGUAGGCAUUUAGGAGAGUGAAUCACAUUUCAUCUAAAGAUAAAAUGAUUUUCCGCUUAAUUAGAACAUACCAUUUCUGCUAGAGAUAAGGGUGUUGGAGAAGUGCUUUGAAAAGCACAGAAGCUGCAGCAGGCGGCCAAGGUGAAGCUCAGUGCCAAUAGCAGAAUACAGAGACCUUUACAUCAUGGGAACUGCAGUGCAGUCCACUGGGAGCCAAGACAUUCAGAUAGCCUGAUACUUUAGCUUUUACCAGCUUCAGGAUGUAGAGCAAUUAGUCCAAACUUGGAGCAAAGUCCAUCUUCAUAGCAAAACCAAAACCCUCUUGGAUCACCUUGUGCAGCUGUGCCAGCUGGGCAGCCUGCAGCUCAGCAGAUUCAGUGCAUUUAAUCCCAGUAACCCCUGUCCGGGAGGAUGGGUUGAACGCCAAGAGCCGGAAGCGAAUAAUGCCGGAUUUGCUGACGGAGCCGCCGGCCAUCGACCCCGUCUAUGAAGCCCAGGUGUACUGCAACGUUCCCACCGUCGCUGAGCGCAGCAUGGAGGGUCAUGCCCCUCAUUAUUUUAAGCUGGUGUCAGUUCAAGUGCUGAUUCGACAUGGUGAUAGGUACCCUCUGUAUGCCAUUCCCAAGACAAAGAGACCUGACAUCGACUGCAUGUUGGUGCCCAGCAGGAAACCUUCUCAUCCUCAGCUUGAAGCCUUCGUUAAGCAUAUGUCCAAAGGGUCUGCAGCCCAAAUGGAUGGUUCUCUGAGCAGCCUGCCUCACUUCCCCAGCCAUUCACUGUGUGAAAUGGGAGAGCUUACACAGACAGGGGUGGUACAACACUUGCGAAAUGGACAACUGCUCCGAGAGAUUUACAUCAACAAACACAAACUGCUCCCUAGUGACUGGACAGCCAAGCAGCUCUACUUGGAGACCACAGGGAAAAGCCGAACCUUGCAGAGUGCACUGGCCCUGCUCUACACCUUUUUGCCAGAUUUUGACUGGAAGAAAAUUAACAUGAGGCACCAGUGGAGCACCAUUUUCUGCUCAGGAAGCUGUGACUGUCCCAUGAGAAACCACUACCUGGAAGAGGAGCAGCGCAGGCAGUACAGUUUACGGGUGAAAAACAACAAUUUGGAGAAAAUAUACGUGGAUAUGGCAAAGAUUGUGGGUAUUCCCACCAGGCAGCUGAGAGCUUCUAACCCAAUAGAUUCUCUCUUGUGCUAUUUCUGUCAUAAUGUCUCAUUUCCAUGUACCAAAGCUGGCUGCAUUGGUAUGGAACACUUCAAAGUAAUCAAGAGACACCAGUUGGAGGAUGAGAGAGAAAGACAGGAGAAGAAACUUUAUUUCUUGUAUGCACUAUUGGCUACUCAUCCUCUCCUCAACCAGACUGUCAAUAGGCUGCAGCGUAUUGCAGAAGGCAAGAAGGAGGAACUGUUUGUCCUCUACUCUGCACAUGAUGUCACCUUGUCACCUGUUCUUAGUGCCUUGGGCAUUACAGAGGCCAGAUUUCCCAGAUUUGCUGCCAGAUUAGUUUUUGAGCUGUGGCAGGAUGGGAAGAGGCCCAAAGAACACUUUAUCCGCAUCCUGUACAACGGUGCUGAUGUCACAUUCCAGACCUCGUUUUGCAAGGAUCAUUAUAAACAUUCCAGCAAGCCAAUGUGCCCACUAGAAAAACUUGUCAACUUUGUCAAGAGGGAUAUGUUCUUAAUUUUUAACAGUACAAACUACUAUGAUGCAUGUCAUAGGAGAGCACUGUAGAGAAGGGAGAAGGAAAGGAGGCAGUGUUAACUUAUGUCAGUGAUCUGUUUUCUGGCAGAGGCACAGUUCAGUUUUCUUCUUGUAUUUUCAUGUGUGAGUACAGAAGGGUAAUGCUUGAAACAUUCUUCAAAUAGUUUUAUUUUCAUUCAGGCUGCAGAUGGCCUUCAGUAGAAGAACAAAUGCCAAGGGUUAUGUGUAUGUGUACGCUCACAAAUGCUGUUAACUGUUGUGAUAAACCAUGUGGUGAAUGUAACCUGGCCCUUGCUUGGUAGAGUGAGAGAGCAUAGACUUUGUGUUUCUCUGUUCCAGAGCAAUAAUUUGAUAGCCUAAGUUUAAAGCCAAAACUCCAUUUUUUUCUAGCACCAUCUCACUGUCACUUUAAGCACUUAAUAUCAGGGUCAUUACGAAUUCCAGGUGUCUGCAUUAAGGCAUUUUAAAGGAAUUUUUGAAUUUCUUUACUCAGAGGAAGCCUUCUAAUAUUAUGGUCCUUAAAGCAAAGUGCAUGUGUUUGUGUGAAUACUUCCCUGAGCAUGUACAAAUGAGCGUGUGCCUUCUGCACCUCACAGACCUAGAAACCCUUGGCUAUUGUUGCCAGUGCCAGAGAAGGGUGUACUGGAAAAGGGAUACAAAACUCUACUCUCUGAUCGCACUUUCAGCACUUUGAAUAGUUCAAACACAGUCUAGAAACAUGUAAAGGCCUUGUGAUGUUAAAAUAGAUAGCAAACACUAACAGUACCACUAAACCUGAGUGGGAAAUUAGAAAUCAGUUUUAUGGUGAAAUGUUGGGCUCUUUCCCAUUGUGAACAUGUUCAAGCUGCUGUGCUAUGGUACAAAUCAGUAUUUUAGGAAUUUGCUAUGGUGACUGCUUGAGACAGCUUGACUAAAUACUGAGAAAACUUUGUAGUUGAGUUAGUAUUUUUAUGGACUAGGAAGCUCUUAUUUUGUAAGACCAGACUUGUACAUAUUGUACUGUGUAUAUUUAUAACACAGUAGAUUUUUCUUACUUGUUUAGUUUGUAAAGACUUGUGGAGGUCACUUUUUAGACAUUUUUUCCCCUUGAUUAGGAUGUUUAGACUUAAGAAUAAACUGUCUGUUAUGGGUAAUUUGAACAAUGAGUAGAUACGAAAACUUCAGACUGCUUUCAUCUCUGUAGGAGUAGUAAAUUGAGAACCAAUUUUUAAUAGAAUUCCUAGAAAUUUUAUAAUGAUGGAGGUUUUUUAACCUCUAGAAAUAAACUAGUCUGUGAGUUGUGAUUCAAUGGUGCUAGUUUGUCAAAGAAAACAUAACUCAGCAUAAGUUCUCUGACUCUUGGCAUUCCACUGUUUUCAAUGCUGCAUUUGAACAUGUUUCUUUAAAUAAAAUUCUGGGGUCUCUUUGUG